GUAUUGCCAUGCCCAGCGACAACCCUGCUGAGGGGACACAAGACUCUUCCUUUGGCAAAACACAUGUGACAGUCUACCACUGUAAAGACUGUGAGAGCAACAUAUGCAAAUCACCCAAUUACGAAGACUUUGUAAAAAUUGGUGAAACACAAAAUGAGACAUUUUUGAGUAAAACAAUUCAGUUGGUGACCAAUGAAACACACAUCGUUAUGUGCUUUCAGCAAGAAAAUACUUUUCCUGAAGGAAUUUAUGCCAUCAUCUGGGAGAAAGCAACAGGAAUAGGAGAAUCAUGUGGCAGCCCGAAUUCUGGAGCUUCCUCAGAAAAUGUGAGGGGUAACAUCAUUAAAAUUUGCUGUGAAGCAGAGACAGACCUCUCGGUGCCCAACACUGCCCUGAAGUGCUACACCAAAAUGUCAGAUGAGAAAACUAGAAGAUCAACAGCCGACAUCACCGAUGAGGGAAAUCCAGGAUACAAGGUCUCGCACCUCUUGUUUUUGGUUAUUUCAGGUAAUCCUCAAUUUUCAAUCAGCGAAAAGAGCAGCAUUGGCAUCAUCACCCCAGUACUGAUUCUUGCAGUUUGUGCAGUAGCACUGGCAGUGUAUUGUGUUCGACAGAAAGGAAAUGGUCAAGGACCUGUCAUAGUGCUCCAUCAGACUUUUAAUGGUGGAGAAAAUGAACAGUCAACAGACAUUAUCAGUGUUUGGGAAGGAGACUCCAUCAGUAUAACUUGCUCGAUGAAAGAUUCAGAAAAUGAAGUGGGAACGUACUUGAGAACUAGUAUACACCCGGUCAAUGUGAUAUAUGUUUCCAAGCAGAAUACUUCAUUUAUCCUUCCUGCUUUGGCUAAUCGCACCAAAUAUUCAAAGGAAGGAAGGAAUCUCAGGAUAACUCUGCACAAUGUACAGGAAUCUGAUUCCAAUAUCUACCUAUGCACUAAGUUUAUUAAAAACAAAGGCUAUCACAAAAAGCUGAAUGGGAAGGCAACCAUAGUAGUGGUGAAAGCAAAAACCAGUGGAGUUGUUGAGCAGUCACCACUCUAUGUCAAUCCUCAGCAAGGCCAGUCUACCAACAUUUCCUGUGCAUUGAAAAGCUCACAUGAAGAUGAAGGGUUCUUCUUGCUCAAGACUCACGUGCAACCUGAAAGGGUGUUGUAUGUUUCAAGUCAGAAUGCUUCAACUAUUUUUCCUGCUUUUGCUAAUCGCUUGGAGUAUUCAAAGCAAGAGAAGAAAAUAGUUAUAACUUUACACAACCUACGGGAAAACGACAGCGAUAUAUAUGUGUGUGCUGGGGUGGCGAAAAAUUCCUCUUUCCUCUCAGUGAACAGAAGUGGCACCAUGAUGCUGAUUAAAGAAGUGGAGCAGUCAGACUGCAGUAAUAGUUCCUGGGGCAUCUAUACUCUUAUCAUCAUGGUAGCGCUACUGUUUUCUGCGCUGAUGUGCUGCACCGUGUACCAUGUCAAU